GCGUGCGCGCGCGUUCGGACCAACCGCCCCUCGCGCGCGCGCCAGCGUUUGUCCAACCGCCAUCCGCGCGCUGUCCCCUCAGCGGCGCGCGACCGUUACUGGGACGCCUGGGCUCUCGCUACCCUCCCGCCCCCCGCACCGGGGGAGGGCGCUGAGGAUGGCGGCGGAGAGCGACGACGAGGUGCUGCCCACCUUCGCCUUCCUGCUGCAGCCGCCCCCGGCGGCGCAGCGGGCCGCGGUGGCCUGGAGCCCGGCCUCCGAGCGCUUCUCACCGCCUUCCCCCAGGCGGAGGGGGGCCCCGGGCAGCCAGGCCGCGGAGGAUGUUGUGGUGCUGAGCAGUGACAGCGAGAGUGAGGUAGAGAUCGCCCCCCUGUUGGAGAGGCUAAAGGGGAAACUGCACAGCAGCGGACUCUGCAAAACAGGCGUUGUGCCUUCCGAGGGCCCCCAGCCGGACAGCAGAGCUGGGCGAACUGGGCUCUGCCAGAGCACUGACCAGUUGGCUCUUGACAGCAGAGGACAGUCUCUUCCAAAGGCCUUCGAGGUCCCGAGCACCCCGGCACUGUCUGGAGAAGUGUCUUAUAGUAGCCAAAACGAUGACCUGUGCCGUUCUGGGACACCACCUUUGUGCCCACUGCCAGACUGUUUGUCUGAUUCUGCAGCCCAAAGCAGCAGGUCCUUGGGAAAAGAAGCAGGUCUGGAAACAUCUCUCCCUCCAAAGAAGUCAAAAUAUAGUCAGAAGGAAAGGGAGACAGUCUCUCAGGCUGCAUGGCAGAGGAGGAAGGAGCGUGAAGCACGGAAGAGGCAGCAGGAGCAGGAAAAAGAAAGGAAGAAGGCCCUUGCCAAGAUGUUGAAAGCUCAGCGGCCAGGGGAGUGCCAGAAAUACAUAACAGUGGUAUUGGAUCCAGUUCUCUUACAGGUGGAAGGUGGUGGACAGGUGCUCAGUGCUUUGCAGUCUGGGAAUUAUUCCUGUGUGAUUGAGAGUCAGGUUGUUCCCUGCAGCAUCACUUGGAGGAGAAGGACUGUGUCAUCUCAGAUUGAAGAAGAAAGUGGAUGGACAGAAGAACCACAUGUCCUGGUUCUGCUUCGCUUGGAGGAGUUUUUGUUCAUGGUUUGCAACUACAAACAAGAAGUCCAGGGCUGCAUAGAAGGACAGAAGGAAACGUUGCAGAGCUUUGUUGCUCGUGUGAUGGAGAAAAUGCCUGGGAAGAUUCUGGCACUGGCAGUAGUUGAAGUAGAAAAGUACUUCAGGUCUCUCAGAGCUCAGUCAAAAAAGAGACUGCAACAGGAAGUAGUGAAUGGAGACCAAGCAGAGGAAGAGGGAAAAAGGAGAAAAAAGAAAGCUAAGGAUUCUGGCCCAGAUGUGUCCAGAGUGGAUGUGGAAGAAGCACUAGUGGUUCUGCAGCUGCACACACAAGUCCAAGUCAGAUUUGCUGAGACCUGGGAGGAGCUUGGAGAGUUUGUCAGUAUGUUCACUAAAGCGGUAGCUGAAGCACCAUACAAGCGAGAGCGGGAAAACACAGGAUUCUCUUUCUGCUUGGAGAAUGAGUGGUGCAGAGGUGUGAAGGUGGAUCAUUCUGGAAAGGGUCUCUUAGAAGUUUGGAAAAGGCAGAUAAAACAAUUUAACCGGGUCAGCUUCGAGAUGGCUGAAGCUAUCGUGUCUGUAUACCCUUCUCCUCAGCUUCUGGAUCAGGCCUACCGUAAAUGUUCCUCAGAGGAGGAGCGGGAAAACAUGCUAGCUAAUAUCCUUGUGCACCGUGGUGAUGGUGUGACAGCCACCUCCCGACGGAUUGGACCAGAACUCUCCAGACGAAUCUACCUGCAGAUGACUUCCCACGAUCCUGAUCUCUGUUUGGAUUUUACUGAAUAACCCAAGCGAAUGAAGAUUUUUCUCGUUGCCUGGAUUAUAUAUUUAUCUCCCUUCUGAGAAGUAUUUCAAUAACAAGUGGAGUCAUGACUCCUAGUUUAAAGACUUAAAAACUCACUUAGUCUUUAUCAUGGUAGAAGAAAGUUGGAUAAAAUUGCUAACUGGCUGGAGUUUACACAAGAAAGAUGUGAACAUCUUCUGUGGGAGCAUGAUUUUGAUAUGGCUAUAGCACUGAUAGUACCUUUCUAUUUGUAAAAAGCUGCAUUCUCUUCCUAGUAAAUAAAUUGUCUUAUAUAAUAACAUUCA